AUGCUCUACCUGGUUGCUCUCCUCUUGCACUGUCUCCCCUUGGCCAUGGGACAGUAUGACAUUUGCAAGUCCUGGGUGACCACGGACGAUGGCCCGUCAUGGGAGUUUUACGCUUGUCAACCCAAGGCCAUGCGGAUGAAGGAUUAUGUGACAGUACGGGUGGAUCCGGCAGGAAUCACUUGUGGGGACCCACCGGAGAGAUUCUGCACCCAUGAGAACCCGUACCUGUGCAGCGACGAGUGCGACGCCUCCAACCCGGACCUGGCCCACCCGCCGAAACUCAUGUUCGACAGCGAGGACGAAGGGCUGGCCACGUACUGGCAGAGCGUGACGUGGCGCCGGUACCCGGAGCCGCUGCUAGCCAACAUCACGCUGUCCUGGAACAAGAGCAUCGAGCUGACGGAUGACAUUGUGAUAACCUUCGAGUACGGCCGACCCACCAUCAUGAUGCUGGAGAAGUCGCUGGACAACGGGAGGACUUGGCACCCGUACCAAUAUUACGCAGAUGACUGCAUGGAGGCCUUCAGCAUGCCAGCACGGAGGGUCCGGGACCUCUCCACCACCAGUGCCAACAGGGUCCUCUGCACGGAGGAGUAUUCCCGCUGGGCGGGCUCCAAAAAAGAGAAGACCGUCCGGUUCGAGGUGAGGGACCGCUUUGCCAUCUUUGCUGGCCCCGACCUCAAGAACAUGGACAACUUGUACACCCGGCUGGAGAGCGCCAAAGGGCUCAAGGACUUCUUCACCGUGACCGACCUGCGGAUGAGAUUGCUGAGACCGGCCCUGGGGGGCACCUACGUGCAGAGGGAGAACUUGUACAAGUACUUCUAUGCCGUCUCCAACAUUGAAGUCACCGGCAGGUGUAAAUGCAACCUCCACGCUAACCUGUGCACCUUCAAAGAGGGCAGCCUUCAGUGCGAGUGCGAGCACAACACCACAGGGCAGGACUGCGGCAAGUGCAAGAAGAAUUUCCGCUCCAGGUCUUGGCGAGCAGGAUCCUACCUGCCUCUCCCCAACGGGUCCCCCAACGCAUGUGCAGCUGCAGGCUCAGCCUUUGGCACGUAUGAGCGAGCGCAGCAGGUUACCACCGCAAAAACGACCACCACAACAACGCCCACCACCACCACAACGACCACCACAAGAACCACCAGCAUCCCCUUACCUGCCACCACCACCCAGCCAGAAUGUAACUGCAACCAGAUCGGCUCCGUGCACGACCGCUGCAACGAGACCGGCUACUGUGAAUGCAAAGAAGGCGCCACGGGGCCCAAGUGUGACGACUGCCUGCCCAACUACUACUGGAGACAGGGCUGCUUCCCCAACGUCUGUGACGAUGAGCUCCUGCUCUGCCAGAACGGCGGCACCUGCUCCCAGAACACGUUUUUGGACAAAAAGGACUGCGACGGUGCCCCCAGCGCACGCGGCAGCCCCGGCACCAUCCUCCUCGGGGUGCUCGCCCUCCAGCUGCGCAGCUGGGUGGACCUCUGA